GAUCUGGUGGCCAGUCGUAUAUCAUUUGGUAUGGAUGCCAAGUAUGCAGAAGCACCAUGGGCAGUUUUCCUACUGUUUAAAUUCUGGCACUACUUUGACGACAGCGCUUGUAGUGGUGUUUUAGUCGCCAAACUAUGGGUCCUAACGGCCGCCCAUUGUUUCAAAAACGAUACCACUCGACGAUUGGUUGUUAGGGCCGGUAAUACACAGGUAACGGGUCGUGAGUCCCGGGAAAUUGCCAUGGUGAUUGUGUACGAGAAAUACAACUACUCGAAUAAAACUAUUCACGACAUCGCUUUGGUUAAACUGUCGAAGCCUUUUACCGAGAUUAUUGAUAACAGACAUUACACUAUAAACCCGAUAUGUCUGCCAAACAUGAAUCGAGUGAAUGCCGGCCAAGAGUUGGCCACACUGUUUGGUUUUGGUUUAACCGAUGAAUUCACAGAAAGCCGCACCGAUUGGCUCCAGAGGGGAGACCUACUGUUACAACCCUUUUAUGAAUGUGAUUAUAGUGGUUACGGCGGUUUUUUGUGCUCACUUUAUGCUACGUCAAACCGAUCCAUACCUUGUAGUGGUGAUUCGGGUGCCGGUUUGGUCCAGUAUACCGAUAAAUAUCGGACCCGAGCUAUACUUAUUGGUAUCGUUUCGAGCGGUAAUUCCGCUUUUAGUGAGAAAGGCCCGUGUAAUAGC